CAAUUCUUGAAAGAGAUACUAAAUGAUCUGUGUGUUUACAACAAAAGAGGACCUAAUCAAGGGACACACGAGCUGAAGCCAGAAUACAAGAAAACCACUGAGGAUGUGGAUACGACAUAAGAUCAAUUUUGCUGUUUCCAGAAAUCCACUGAGGAAGUGGAUACUUCAUAAGAACAUGUUGCUGCGUCCACAAAGUUCAUGUGAACCAUGAUGCUCCCAGAUCAAAAUCUUUUCCCUCGAGAACCUGGCAUUCUAUGACUGGUGAUUUCCUCCUGGAAGAAUGUUUGGUGCAAAAGAAAUUGUUUUGUUUCAACUUUUCACCAUGCAAAAUUCAAGUGCUCCCAUAGUUACUGAAGACAAAUGUAAUGUGUUUCCUUGUCAGUUACAACAGAUCCCCAAGAUGUAUGCCGUCCUGGACACCCAGUUUUUAUUAACCUAGUUAUACUUUUUAGAGAAUAUGGGGAGAAUACGGUGGAAAAGAAAAAUGAACCCGAUAAACUAUUGAUUUCCGUGAUCUGACUUGGUACACCCAAGAUUAGUUCAGACGUAGCUGAUAGCAUCGUUUAACCAAAUUUCUGAGUGGAAGGUCACAGAAUGACCAGAACUUGUCUCAUAGGUCAACUUCUGUAGAUCUGAGAUAACCACAAGGAAAGUGGUUGUAUGCUUUCACAUUGUCAUCUGAAAUUCGCAACUUCCGCCUUGAAUUUUACCAUCUUAGUCGUUACUUAAACCUUUGUAAUCAGGCUAUAAAGGUAUUUUUCAGGCUGUAGAGGUAUUUGAUUUACAGUGAAAAGCAUCUUGUUAUGCUAUAUAUGUGGAAUAAAAAUAUUGUUCCAUAUUUUGUU